AUGCAGUGUGUCCUAAUGCUGUUAGGAGCUGAAGGAGAAAGGGAAGGUACUCAUUGCUUGGCGAUGUGAUGGAGUGGAGGGGAGGAGGUUGGUUUGCACGUCAAAAUCACCCAGGUCCUGCCCAGUGACGUCAUUUGGGGACUACACCUGCGCGCGCACUCGUGCAAAGCGCUUUCUUAUUGCUCGCGAUCACUCCGAGCGCGGAAACGCAGAGACGACUCACAACCAAUAUUCUCCGUGGAGAGCUUUCUUUUUUCUUCUUUUGAACAAGUUUGCAUUAUAGGAAAGCGAUGAGAUUUGUGCAUACACUCGCGUGACGCAGACGCGAGGAGUUUUAAAAACUUUUGUUCAGCGCCGGAGAUCAGGAGCGCCGUUGCUUGAUCUUAUAGACUCUUCGAGAUUAGAUCAUCGAGACGAUGUGGCGUGCUUUUAUCCCCGAGCUGGUGUGUGUGGUGGCCGUGGUGGCGUGCCUGGUGCUGGUGUGGUGUCCGAGUGCAGCGGCUCUGGCCGGCUCGUGCGAGAUGGUGCGCAUCCCGCUGUGCCACCCCAUGCCGUGGAACAUGACCAAGAUGCCCAACCACCUGCACCACAGCACGCAGGCCAACGCGGUGCUCGCCAUCGAGCAGUACGAGGCGCUGCUGGAUACCGGCUGCAGCCCUGACCUGCUCUUCUUUCUCUGCGCCAUGUAUGCGCCCAUCUGCACCAUCAGCUUUCAGCGCGACCCCAUCAAGCCGUGCAAGUCCGUAUGCGAGCGCGCCAAGUCGGGCUGCGAGCCCGUCCUCAAGAAGUACAACCACACGUGGCCUGAGAGCUUGGCGUGCGACGAGCUGCCGGUGUACGACCGCGCGGUGUGCAUCUCACCUGAAGCCAUCGUCAAAGUAGAUCCAUCAGAUAAUUCAUUCUUUCAAGACCCAUCAAAAUGCAGCCCUGAAAUGAACCCUGACUUCGAGACAGAAGUGAACAAUGGCAACUGUAAAGGAGUCAGUGAUCGGUGCAAGUGCAAGUCUGUGAAACUCGGCCAAAAAACCUACACUAAGAACAAUUACAAUUAUGUAAUACGUGCACGGGUGAAAGAGAUAAAAACCCGCAGUCACGACCUCAGCGCUGUUGUGGAAGUGAAGGAUGUACUGAAGUCUUCUCUGGUUCACAUUCCUCGUGAUACUGUGACACUGCACUACAGUUCGGGGUGUCUGUGUCCCCCACUUACUCCCAAUGAAGAAUACAUCAUCAUGGGCUACGAGAACGAGGAACGAUCACGGUUGCUUCUUAUUGAAGGGUCCAUCGCACAGAAAUGGAAAGACCGGGUGGGACGCAAAGUGAAGCGCUGGGAUCAGGCUCUCAGCAAAGGAAGGAAACGGGAAAAUGACAGACUCGUUCGUCCCUGACCUCACUCUGACACGGACCAAACCCGACCACACAAGUAUCUGAGAAAACUGAAAAAAUUGCACUAAUGUACGUACUUCUUGAUGUGUAAUGAGUUGUAGCAGAGAUGUUUUUAGUUGUUGCUUUGUAAGAUAAUUUUUAACUAUCUUUUUAAAAAAAAAAUUAUUUGCCUUUGCACGAACAAAAUGUUCAUUUCAACAUUGCUGCACAUGUGUGUGCGUGUGUAUGUGUGGACUUUUUUGUGGGGGUGGGCUGGGGGACUUGAUUCAUGUUUGUGUUAGAAGUGAAGAUGAUGGGGAUUCAAUGGGGCAUGAGGGAGCUUAUACAAGAGCAGAUGACUGUGUUUUCUAGCAGCAGGAAAAUGAGAAACAGUGUUUGGACACAACACAGUGCACCAUCAAGCCUUCAUGUUCAUGCAGCCGUGCUGACGUCUCCCCGUCGCUGGAUUAAAACAAAAUGGAGGGAGGAGGCGUUGUUUGGCACGAGACACAAACACAAGGACAAAUCUGAAAUCCUGAAAAUAAUUGUAUCAGAAACAGAGACAAAAUGUUUGUUAAGCAUUAAUGAAUUACAUUCAUUUAAAAGGAAUAUUUUUGCAUAAUAUCCCAGUAGUUCUGGUUUUGUAACUCUUAGGCACACAUUUGAUAUUCUUGAUCAUGAGGACACCGUUAACGAAUGAAUGCAUAAUACAUAGGAUGAAUGCCGUGGUUCAUUAAAGACAGCUGUUUUUAUAUUGGACUGAUUGAUACAAGAUGAUUCAGCCUUGCUCAAACCGUUAUUCGUCCUGCCUGUUAUCACUUUUACUUCCACUAUUAAACAUAUCUGACUGGUGAACUGAGUUACAUGUUAAAUGUUUAUUAGAUUAAGUUAAACAAAAGUCAAAUUUACUAAAUUUUACACAUUUUCCAGACAUGCCUGGUGUGUGAAGUUUUAUAAUUAAAUUUUACACUGAAGCUAUAUUAUAUUGCUAAAAGUAUGUGGACACCUGACCAUCACACCCAUAUAUCAGGAGCUGGACAUCUUAUUCCAGAUUUAUUCCCCCUUUGCUGUUAUAAUAACCUCCACACGUCUGGGAAGGCUUUCCACUAGAUUUUGUGGCGUGGCUGUGGGGAUUUGUGUUCAUUCACUGACAAGAACAUUAGUGAUGUCAGACACUGAUGUUGAGGAGUGAGGGGGUCUGGGGUGCAGUCGGAGUUUCAGUUCAUCCCAAAGAUGUUCAGUGGGGUUGAGGUCAGGUCUCUGUACAGGACACUCGAUUUCUUCCAUUCCAACCUUGGAAAACCAUGUCUUCAUGGAGCUCGCUUUGUGCACAGGGGUGUCAUCGUGCUAGAACAGGUUUGGGCCUCUUAGUUCCAGUGUAGGGAAAUUGUAAAGCUACACCAUACAAAGACCUUCCAACUUUGUAGCAACAGUUUGGAGAAGACUUACAUAUGGGUGUGAUGGUCAGGUGUCCAUAAACCCUUUGACCAUGUAGUGUGUAUUAUGAUCUAAACAAUUUCCAGCUUUUCUGUACGAUUUUGGAGAUUACAAUGUGAUGUACAGCAUGAUUACUAAAUCCACCUUGUUAGCUACACAAGCCUCAGAGCUCCAGUGCUAAACUAAAGAAGAAAAUGCCACACAUGUCUCUGGUUAAUCUACUAUGUUUGCAGUAAGCGGUACAUUUUAUUUUUAACAAUUUUUUUCUUUUUAAAAUAACCUGAUGAUCAGAAACCUGUAUUGGAGUCAGUAGAACAGUUUCUACCUAAGAAGAGAAGAGUGUGUGUAUGUACCUUGUACGUUAUAGGGAUGGGGUUGUUUAAUAUCCAAUUUGAACAUGACCUUUUUGCUAAACCCCUAGUUUAAUUUAGAAAUGAACAAAUAGCUCUUUUUCUCCCUGCAGUCAGUGCUGAAUGCUCAUUGUGUGUGGAAUAUUUCUGUGUGUGUGUGCCCAGCACAGUAAUUCUUGUUCAAAUUCUCUCAUGGGGGUUUUACAUAAACACAUCCUGAGUGCCUCCUCCUGCUCCCUUCACAUGAAAAAGAAGGCCAUUUAUGGUUGCAUCAGUUAGUUUCAUAUUAACCUAGAUCAAGAACCUUAUGUACAUGCUCUCUCUCUAAAAAGCAUCAUAAAACAGCGAUAAAACAUCAUAAACCAAAAAAUCUGGACAUGAAUCAAUGUCCACGAUCUCAAUUAUUUUUUCCCUGCUUUCAUUUGUUUCCCUAAGACAUGCAUUUCCCACGGCCUGUGUUGACCGUGGAAAUGGAGCUGCGGUUUAUGCUCUGUAUUUAUCUGUCCGGAGAGAUGGCUCAGAAAUUACACCCCACCUGAUUUAUGUGACGAGGGAGUCGGCCAGUGCAAUCAUUUACUGCAGAGUUUAUGGGAGAAUUAACACGAAACGGAGGAUUUACGGUGUUUAACUGGCCGUCCUGCCUCGCUUUAUGGUUCCCCUGGUAAGUGAUCACCUCAAUCAGACCGUUUUUCUCCACCGUGCCUUACUGGCGAAGAGCCUCCACCAUCAAUCCGUUUAACACACUGAAAUUACGCAGCAUGUGGGAAGUGAGCAAAAGGCCGCAGUGGAAGUGAGCACCUCCUGUUUUCAUUCCUUUCAUCAGAGGGAGAAGGAAUGAGGAGGAUUCAUCUCUGUCUUCUACCGCAUCAGCAUCCUGACACGUAUUAUGACUUCUUAAACUCUUAUACCAAGUUUGUGUCAAAAUAAGCCAUUUAGA